UUUUUUUAUGUGAAAAAAAAAAUGCCACCGCCGGGCGUUACCACCAGUCACCGCUCCAAAGGCCCAAAAGCCACGUCCCAAUUCUUUCCCAAAACCUUAUCCAAUGGCUAUCACCGUCUCCUUCCCCUGCUCUCAUCCUUCCUGCAUCUGUUCUUCCUCCACCCAGAGACGUUUCAGAUUCAAUCUCCAAUCCUCCUCACAGCUUUCCCCCACCACAACCCUUCCUCUUCAAAGCCCUUCCCUUCCCAAAACUGGUGUCAUCGUCAUCGGAGCCGGUCUCGCCGGCUUAGCUGCCGCCACCCACCUCAACUCUCACAGCAUUCCCUUCCUCCUCCUCGAUGCUUCUGACGCCGUCGGCGGUCGCGUCCGUACUGAUUCCGUUGAUGGCUUUCUUCUCGACCGCGGAUUCCAAAUCUUCAUCACUGCUUAUCCUGAAGCCCGAAAGAUUCUCAAUUAUGAAAGCCUCGACCUCCAGAGGUUCUAUUCAGGAGCUCGGAUUUUCUACAAUGGCGAAUUCCACACCGUUGCGGACCCUCUUCGCCAUUUCUGGGACUCCGCCAGAUCCCUAGCGAAUCCUAUCGGUUCAGUCGUCGACAAAUUACUCAUCGGCGCCACGAGAGUCCAGGUAUUGACCAAAUCCGAUGAAGAGAUUUUGAGUGCUGAUGAAUCAACCACGAUUGAUUUGUUAAAGCAGAUAGGGUUCUCUGAUUCCGUCAUCGGGAGAUUUUUCCGGCCAUUUUUCGGCGGAAUCUUUUUCGACAGAGAGCUCGAAACGACUUCCAGGUUGUUUAAUUUCAUCUUCAAGUGUCUUGCUCUCGGCGACAAUACUAUUCCGGCCAAGGGCAUAUCGGCCAUUCCAGAACAACUUGCUUCCAGGUUGCCUUCCGGUUCAAUCUUGUUCAACUCGAAAGUAACUUCAAUCAAUCUUGAUGAAUCCGAAUCGCCGUCUGUAACAUUACAGAACGGAGAAGUUGUGAGGAGUGAGCUAGGAGUGAUUCUGGCGGUUGAAGAACCGGAAGCUGUCAAGUUGUUGGCGGGAAGGGGCGGUCCGGCUCCGAAGACCCCGGUUCGGAGCACUGCUUGUUUGUAUUUCAAAGCAGACCGAGAUCAAAUCCCGGUUAAAGAUCCGGUUCUGUUCCUGAAUGGGUCGGGUAAAGGAAUAGUGAAUAACAUGUUUUUCGCAACCAAUGUGGCUCCAUCAUACGGCCCGCCCGACAAGGCUUUGAUAUCCGUAACACUAAUCGGGUCGUAUGAGGACGUGUCUGAUGAAGACUUAGCGGCUCAAGUUGUGGAAGAACUUUCGAGUUGGUUUGGGGAGAAAACGGUUCGGGCAUGGGAGCACUUGAGAACUUACAGGGUCGGGUUUGCUCAGCCCAAUCAAAGGCCUCCCACGAAUUUAAAGAAGGAUCAGAGAAUCAGGUCGGGUUUAUAUAUCUGUGGGGAUUAUGUGAUCUCAGCCACGUUCGAUGGUGCUUUGGUCUCAGGAAGAAGAGCUGCAGAAGCUUUAUUGAAGGAUAAAGCAUUAGCUCCACCAUAAAAGGACUGUUCUUAGGCUGUUCUGGUGCUGGCGGCAACACAAGUUCUG